AUAAGUAUUUUUAUUUGAACGAGCUCUAUGUCUUUAGCCGAUAGUGGUGAAAUGUCUGAACUUGGCGUGAGCGAUCCAGACCUGGGCACGCUGUUCAAAGGUCAAUGGGGAAAUGUGCAUGCAAUUGCAUUGAGCAGUACCAAGUGUUCGGUGAUAAGCAUGGUGUCGACGGUAUCGACAUCGCUGAGAAUUGUAUUGAUAUUGGUAGAGGAAUGGAGUCAUAGAGCGAUACAAGAGCUAGAUUCGCGGAAACGGCUCAUGAACGACUGUCAGGUUAUGUCUUCUGUGAAGGCGAACAUGCUGAAGCUGAUAAAUAUAUCGACGGGUAUACCGCCUAUACCUACGAGGUCUGAAAUGGAUGAGAAGACCGUGGUGGAUGCGUUGAACUUGUGUGGACAGUGGAUGAAGAAAACGGCGAAGGUAGUAAGAACAAUCGUUUCAGUAUGGAGGGAAUUUAAGAAACUGAAAUCAAUGACUAAAAGGGAUGAUGAUCAGGCUAGGAAAUCGGCCGUUUCAGUUGAAGUUUACGUAGCGUCGUUGCUGGAUGUGUUUACAUUCUUGGUGCCGUCGAUUAAUUUGUUUCCGCUUUUGGAGAAUGUAUUACUAGAGUUGGCUGUUUCAUCCGAAACAUUAUCGAUGACUAUUUUUUCCUUCUUGAAAUGGAUAGUGUCUAUAGAAGAGAGUGCAGCAAAAAGCCCGGACGCCUCAAAAAGGAGAAGUGUGGUUGAGUUUUUUUUGAGCUUGAUCCUUUCGCUAUCGUCCGCUCAAAAGUCCGUUUUAUCCCAUGCACAGGUGUUGUCCCCUCCAACUGUGAAAAGCGCUUUGAUGAUGCCCCUUUCUGCGUACAAGCACCCGGAAUACCAGUAUCUUGGUCUCGUUUAUCGAGUCCUCUCUCAUGGACGACUGGUGUCUGAUGAGCGGACUAAGACGGGCGCUCUGACCACCUUUGGCAACACGUUGCGCUUUAACUUGAGCGCUCCGCAUUCCUUCCCGUUAUUGACGACCAAAAAGAUGUUUUGGCGUGGCAUCGUCGAAGAAUUGCUGUUCUUCAUUCGAGGAGAUACCAACUCCCGACAUUUGAGCGAUCGAAACGUACACAUUUGGGACGCGAACUCCACGCGCUCAUUUUUGGAUUCGCGCGGCCUCUUCAGUCGCGAGGAAAACGAUUUGGGACCUAUCUACGGCUUUCAAUGGCGUCACUUCGGUGCCAAAUAUAUUGACAUGCAUGCCGACUAUACCGGACAAGGAAUCGAUCAGCUGGCCAAGUGUAUUGACCAAAUCAAAAACGAUCCGUCCAGCCGACGAAUCGUCUUGACCGCGUGGAAUCCGAGCGAUCUGGACCUCAUGGCUUUGCCACCUUGUCAUAUACUCUGUCAGUUCAACGUCCUAGAUCAACGCUUGUCCUGCCUUGUCUUUCAACGUUCAUGCGAUGUCGGGCUCGGACUGCCAUUCAACAUAGCCAGUUAUGCGCUUUUCACUCUCAUGAUUGCGCACGUGUGCCACUUGCAGCCCGGAGACCUUAUCUACACACUCGGAAACACACACAUAUACUCAUCUCACGUAAGCACACUCGAGACGCAGCUUAUGCGCAUCCCAAAGCCCUGGCCGACGGUGCUUCUAAAUCCAAGCGUCACCGACAUAGACAAAUUCACGCCCGAAGACAUCACACUUAAGGAUUACGAACACCUUGGACCCCUGAACAUGGCCAUGGCCAUAUAA